UGUGUCAGAAAGCGUAGAAAGCAUACGAUUUUGGGCUAGUCGGCUUGCCCAAGGGCUCGAGGACAUCUUUCGAGAACAUAUAUAGAAGGCUGGAUCCCGUGCGAUGUUGAAGUGAAGAACGACGUAGAACUGCUGUUGUGCUGUGAUACCAAUACCCCUCGCCGCUGUCGACGAAGUGCCUCAUCGUGCGUUCUAGACCGCCAUCAACAGCUGCGUAUACAAGUACAGCCCGCCAUGAGGAGGGAGACAGGGGAAGAGGUCUGGACUUUUGCCCCAGCGCAACAUGAUUCGUUCCACCGCAGGCUCGGCUUCCAUGCCAGGAGGACUCAAAGGCGUGGUUGGCACCAUUUUGCCUUCGCUGUUGGCUUCACUACUUGCGAUAUGUUGGAGGGCGGGCACUCGAGCAGAAAACAGUGAGUGGGAAGCGUUCCUUGUUUCGUCUGGUCUGUGUGUCGUGCCACAGCCGCCGAGGCCCGCACUGCUGGUUCCCGGCCUUAAGGAAAGCCUCGUAUGCUGGAUUGGAUUGCCUCGCUCAUUGGAAAGGCGAUUGAUAUACAAACGAGCUGCCGGUCUGCUCGAGGACUGCUCGCUCUCGCUGCGAGCGUUGUUUAAUACUUGGGGCCUUCCCAGUGGUGUUUGUUCUGGUUCUGGCUCUGUCCCUGAUUUGCCGGUGUCGCAGCUGUCCCGCAUUUCGACCACCUUGGCCCUCGCUUCGUCUCGUCUCGAUCGUAAUCUUGAUGGACCCGACAACCAGAACUUUCUGCUGUCAACUUUGCCUUGACGGAACUUCCAUCAACGAGCCAUCGCCCUUUGUGUGCCAUGCCCCAAUUGAUAGACUGGGCUAUCAAGAACUGUCAGCUUGUUGAUGAUACUUGCAACAACACCCCAUCAUGGUUGCAAAGCGUCGCGCAGCUUGAACCUGGCCGGCCAAACACCAGACAUCAACUCGAUUGCUAGGACACACCUCAUCUACCGCCCUGGGCACCGCUUCUCUUCUGCUAGCAGGCCAAGCUGCCGACAAUCCAGCCUCG